AUGGGCUUGGGCUGGAGCAGCGCGGAGGAGCGGCGGCCCCUCCUGCCGCCGCCGCCGCAGCAGCCGCGGCCGCAGCCGCGGGGGCCGGCGGGGGGCCCGGCGGGGCGGCUGCCGCCGCUGUCAGGCCGCGUGUACGGGCGGCGGUGGCUGGUGCUGCUGCUGUUCUCGCUGCUGAGCUUCGCGCAGGGCCUGGUGUGGAACACCUGGGGUCCUAUCCAGAACUCGGCCCGCCUGGCCUUCGGCUUCAGCGGCUGGGACAUCGCCCUGCUCGUCUUCUGGGGGCCCAUCGGCUUCGCGCCCUGCUUCUUCUUCAUGUGGCUCAUGGACAAGAAGGGUCUGAGGGUAACAGUGUUACUAACAUCAUCCCUCAUGGUAUUGGGAGCUGGCCUGAGAUGUGUUCCAGUUUCAGACACAGAAAUUAGGAAGAAGCUGAUCCACGGAGGGCAGCUGCUGAACGGCCUGGCGGGGCCCACGGUGAUGAACGCGGCUCCGUUCCUCUCCACGACGUGGUUCUCUCCGGACGAGCGCGCCACGGCCACGGCCAUCGCCGCGCUGCUCAACUCGCUGGGCUCCGCCGCCGCCUUCCUGGUGGGGCCGCUGGUGGUGCCCCCUCCCAACGGCACCGCUGCGCUGGCGGCGCAGGGCAGCCCCCGGCACAUCAAGGACCGCAUCGAGGCCAUGCUCUACGCAGAAUUUGGAAUGGUUUCCCUGAUAUUUUCUGCAGCGCUGGCCUACUUCCCCUCGCGCCCUCCAUUCCCCCCCAGCGUGGCUGCAGCGAGCCAGCGGCUCAGCUACAGGAGAAGUUUUUGCAGACUCUUAAGCAAUUUCCGAUUCUUGAUGAUUGCGUUAGCCUAUGCGAUACCACUGGGUGUUUUCUCUGGCUGGUCUGGUGUUCUGGAUUUGAUAUUAACACCCAUUCAUGUAAGCCAGGUGGAUGCAGGCUGGAUUGGAUUUUGGUCUAUAGUUGGAGGUUGUGUUGUUGGCAUAGCAAUGGCAAGAUUUGCAGAUUUUAUCAGGGGCAUGCUGAAGUUCAUACUGCUGCUGCUUUUAUCUGGAGCAACAUUAGCAUCAACCUGGUUCACUCUCACCUGUCUAACUACUGUCACUCAUCUGCCUUUAACCACAGCUACACUGUACACAUCCUGCAUUUUGCUGGGUAUAUUCCUCAACAGCAGCAUACCAAUAUUCUUUGAGCUCUUUGUGGAGACAGUCUACCCUGUUCCAGAAGGAAUAAGCUGUGGAGUUGUCACCUUUUUGAGCAAUGUGUUCAUGGGAGUGCUUCUGUUUUUCCUCACAUUUUACCAUACAGAGUUUUCCUGGUUCAACUGGUGCCUGCCAGGGUCGUGUCUGCUCAGCCUGCUCCUCAUCCUGUGCUUCCGCGAGUCCUACGACAGACUCUACCUCGACGUCGUCGUCUCCGUGUGAUCACGCCGGACUGGUGAGGGCUUGGAAGAGACUGGAAGUCGGCUUUGCAGUCUGCACAUCUGCCUGGAUUUGCACAGCUGAACAGCAGAAAAACAAAGCAAUUUCAAGACUUAAUCAAGGCUUUAUUUAGAGAGGGUGAGGGACGGGUUGUUCUUACGUUCCAGACCAUCUUGAUUUGCCCUAAAUGCGGAACAGGAGCGGUGACGGUGACACUGGAAUGCACAAAGAGAAUCUCUCUGCUGUCCAGGUGCCUGUGCCAGGGCUGGGGCUUGCUGUUGAGGAGGCUGUUGAUGCAGCAAUGAGGUGUAUGUUGUGUGUGUGUGUGUGUGUGUGUGCCUGUGUGCUGACUCACGGUUAUACACACCAGGGUACCAGUAAUCCUCAGAGUCUUCUAUCAGAAUAAAAAUAGGGAAUAAUCUUAACAAAAGGAAAAAAUAAGAAAACAAAAAUCUUUUCUUCAAGAUCUCUUUAAAAUCACUAGUUAUUUAUAUAUUGAGUGUCCAUUAAACAGUUAAGCUAAAAUGAUUUGGUGCUUGUACACUACAUUUGCAUUCUAAUAAAGUGGGUUCUGAUAUAAGACACUGGUACCAGGGUUUUUAGCCAUACUAAAUAUCCCAAGUAAUCCUUGCAGUGUUAUUAGAGGUGUUUGUUACCACCCUGGAGCACAAGUAAACAAUAGCUUUAGCUGCCACUGAAUCCCAACCUGCACCCACAGUCAUCUCUGAAAUGCCACCGUGGUUCCAUAUGGUUCUCCUGAAUCUGGAGCAUCUGUGGUGUACUGGAGUGUCACUCUAGGUAAAUGUUACUGUUCUAAAGGCCACCACUGUGUCACCUUUCCAUCCUCCAUCUCCAGUACUGCUUUUUUUACUGUUUGUGCCACUGAAUACUGUGGGUGUGGAUGUCUGGGUCCUGCUAGUUCUGUCCUUAUACUCUAAGAUGUGUUUGUUUUUUAGGAUUAGUUUAUGACUGAGGGUGCCUAAACAAUAUUGCUUGUAACCCAAGUCUUGAGAAAUCACUGUUUCCUAAAAAAACCUUUCUAGUUGAGGAGGUGCAUUGAUGUCAAAAUGACAAUGAGUUUGACAGUGAGGAGUAACUCAUGAGUUCUGGCAUAAUAUGGGAAAUUAAUGCCAGCUCUUUUUAUCUGUACUAAUCUGUGGUCUUUCUGGCCCUUACUUGAACAUAAGUAUUAAAGACACUUUGAAUAGUUUUUUAACUCAAUUUUUAAACCUGCUAAUGAUUUCAUAAUUAUAUUCUUAGAUUUCGGUUCAGCAUAAUUUGAAAUAUUUCUCUCUGUGUGUGUGUGUGUGUGUUCUGUGCUUUGUGUUACGGGGGUGUGUUUGUGUGUGUGGGGGCGUGCAUAUUUAUAUCAAUGUAUACACAAAUAAAACUUAUAUAUAUAAGAGAUACAUAUAUAUAUAAGUUGUGCAAGGGUGUGUGUUUCCCUAGUUUCCUCCAGGUGACCCUGUCUGGGAAGAUGACGUGCCCUUGUUUGUAACCAAGGCAGUCACUGCCAUGAGCGGGAACGCGCCGUGAGCGGUCUGCCAUGGAUUCUCCCCAGGGGCUGAAAGAUUUCCUGUGGCAGUGCUGUGGCAGGGGAUGGUGCACUUGUUGGAGGAGGCUCUGCAUUCUAAAAGUUGAAUCAAGCACCCUCUGCUGCUGUGUGGGGCUCUUCUUUGCCCCUGGGGUGACACCGACAUGGUGAGCUCACUGAAAUAAACCCAGGACUACCUUUGAGACACGGAUCUGUUCCUUCUGCCUGCUCUCCUUUUGCAGAGAGAACACAGCUCUAAGACUUAACUCAGGAGUGUAUCUGUGCAGUAAAAUAAAGCAAGCUGUUCCCUGCUUUUAUGUUUUCAGAGCAAUUGAUGUACUUACUGUAGUAACUGAAAAUGGAUUUAGCUCAUUGGCUAUUAAGCUCUAAAUGAUCUUUCUUGUCUUGGAGCAGGCUCUUUGUGGUAGUGGAGCUAACCUGCACAGGGAAAACAAAAUCAGUCCAACCAGCACAUUCUGAUCCACUGGCAUCAUCCCUUACUUUUCAGAUGAGUGGUGUUAACUGUCCAGCUUCUUUUUUACUAUGUUUUAGUGCCUGGAUUAGUUUCAGUAUCCAGUAGCUGCUGCUACCCAUUGUCUUCUGAAACCAAGGAUCACUUGCCAAGAGUCUGGAGUUGCAUUGUCAUGGCAGAACUGCAAGCUUGGAUGGCUCUUCAGAGCUCCAUUUCUGCUAUUUACUGUAGCUAUAUAAAGAUUAAAAUUGCUCAGCUCAGGCACUGUCCUGAGUGACAGAGAUUUCUAAUCCUUUCACUGUCCUAUUUUAAGAUGGAGAAGCAUUUUACACAGUAUUCAGACUAUAACCUAUUCUUCCUCUGUUCCAGAAGGCAUCAAGCAAUUCAAAAUAUUUGUCAGUGCUUCCAGAUGCAGGCUCUCUGUAGUCACGAGAGAAGAGUGAGCCUCUUGUUUUAAACCCUGUUGAUUGUUUUUCUGAGUCAGUGUGAAUGGCUCACUGUGGCUCUGAUGCUUUGGUAGCUGUUUCUCCAUGUGGUGAGUUGGCUGUGGGUGGACACCAUGUGCCCACCAAAGCUGCUCUGUCAUUGCCCUCAGCUGGGCAGGGGACAGAAAAUGUAAUGGAAAGCUCGUGAGUUGGGUAAGAACAGGGACAGAUCACUCACCAGUUACCAUCAUGGGCAAGACAGACUCAGCCUGGGGAAACUGGUUUAGUUUACUAGCAGUCAUAUCACAGUAGCAUAAUGAGAAAUAAAACCUAAUCUUGAAAACACCUUCCCCCAUCCCUCCCUUCUUUCUUGGUUAACUUCACUUGUGGUUUUCUCUUCCUCCUCCCCUCAGCAGCACAGGGGGACAGAGAGUGGGGGCUGUGGUCAGACCAUCACACAUGAGGAUUCCCCACAUUCUUCCCCUGCUCCAGCCUGGGGGUCCUCCCAGGGGAGGCAAUCCUCUAUGAAUUUCACCAGUGUGGGCACAGACCUUCGGGAACAAUCCCUCCAGCAAACCUGCUCCAGCCUGGGCUCCUCUCCUUUGUGCCACAGGUCCUGCCAGGAUUCUGCUCCAGCAGGUUUCCCACAGGCCCAAGGCCUCCUUUGGGCAUCCAGCUGCAUGGCACGGGGUUCUCCACAGGCUGCAGGUGGAUCCCUGCUCCCCAUGGGCUGUAGGACACAGCUGCCUCAGCAUGGGCUGCAUCACAGGCUGCAGGGAAAUCUCUGCUCAGGUGCCUGGAGCAGCUCCUGCCCCUCGCUCUGCACUCACCUGGGUACCUGCAGAGCUUCUCCUCUGCGGGUCUGCAGCUGCAAUGGCUGCUGUGCAGGGACUUCCCUUCUCAGUCUGGUAUCCCAGAGGUGUUAGCACCGUGGCUGAACCCAUUGGCCAGUGCCAGUGCUCCCUUUGGAGCCUGGCUGCUGUUGGCUCUGGCACUCACGGGGCAGCUCCCAGCUCUUCUCAUGGACACCACCCCUGCAGCCCCUCGCUGCCAAAGCCUUGCUGUGCAGAGCCUGUGUCUGUGUCUGCCUGGCCCUGCAGUGUGGUGUGAAUUGCAGCCCAGCAGUGCCUCUGCUCCAGAGCAGGGAUCUUCUCCAGGGCUGGGCAGCCCAGCAGUGCCUCUGCUCCAGAGCAGGGAUCUUCUCCAGGGCUGGGCAGCCCAGCAGUGCCUCUGCUCCAGAGCAGGGACCUUCUCCAGGGCUGGGCACUGCUCCGCAGUCAGGGCUCAACCCGAGCUCUCAGCAACUCUGUUGGAACUCUGCCCAAGGGAAAGUCAAAGGAUUGCUCCCACAUUACUUGAAAUUGUGCAGGACGUGGCUGCAUUCCACACACACAGUGUUCAAGCUUAGGAUUUUAUUAGAUUAGCAAGUCUGGCUCAGAAUGGAGGUGAGGAUUUUAAGUGUGCUUGCUGAGAUCUCUGAAAAACAUUUUAUCCCCAUGUGUGCCCCACAGCAGCAUCCUUCUGUGGAGGAGCAAUCCAUCAAGUCAGUAACACAGCUCAACCCAUAGAAAUAUUUUUUGGAUGAGCAUUAUUCCUGGGUCCACCUUGUUUGGAUUUAGCAGGAGUCCAGGCUGCCAGGCUACCUGCACUUUGUUGGAAGUUUGAGUUUGAAGCGCAGGGAGAGCCCUCAGCAGUGCAGAUGCAAUUAGCAGUAGUGCAGAAUAGGCUCAAAAUAGUUAAAUGUUUUUCUUAAUAGUGAAAUCUCGAAGUCUCUCCAGCUUGAACCAGUCACAGCAUUGGCUGCUGCGUGGCCUGGGACUUGCCAGCAGAGGAAGGCGCCCUGAGAAGCCCUGGAAUUUCCUUCUCUUGGUGGCCUGUAAGCUCAGGGCCCUGAAGAACUCUUCCCCAGCAGUGCUGAGCCCCUUCACACACAGGUAAUUGUGUUGUGGUUUGUACUGGGAGUGCUGGGAAGGAUGCUCCACAGUGAGCCCUCUCUCCUGGUGGUUCAUUUUAAACAUAGGCUGCUCCUCAGGUUUGCUUAGCUCAGUGACACCCUCGGUUCAGCCUCCAGUGCUGCUCCUUUCCUUCUACCGAGCUGUGCAAGCUCCCAUGCUGCUCAUGGGGAGGCUCAGGGCUCAGGGCUCAGGACAAUGCAGACUCCACCUGCAGCACUGCUUCGUGUGCCUGGUCACUGCUGUUACCCAUUAAUUCCUCUGGAAUCCUGUGCCCUCCAUUGGGGCUGCCUGCUCCCCGGAGCUGGAGGUGUGUGGAAGAGCUUCCUUGCUUCCAGAGCAAUUUUACAGGGAAGGGUUGGCUGACCAUGUACAUAAGAACAGGACUUUUCAGAAAAUCAUGCCAGCUGGAAGACAGUGCAGACCCGAAGGAUUCUGCACAUGUUGUGAACAGAUAAUCUGUUACAAGCAGGCUGUAAUUUACCUGAAACCUAUGAUUUUAGCUGUCUCACCUAGAGAAGCCAUGCAGAUGGGUACCCUGUGUGUCAGGCUCACAGCAUCACAGCUAUUCCCAACCAUCUGACAGAGCUGAAAGGAGUGGGAGUGGGACAGCUUGAAUCUUGGAGUGGGUUGGAAAACCCCGGACUCUGUCAGUGUUUGUAGUGGUAACCUGGGGAGAGUAACAGGUUGGAUUAAGUAACAAGAAGUGCCCAGUUCCAGGGGGCAUUUCAGUGCCAAAAUAUUGCAUUGGACAGAUCAAGUCCAUAUAAAAUUUGGAAUUUUGUGGAGACAGGGAUGUUAAUGCUGGGCUUGUUCUACAGCACUGAGCAAGUGACUGUGUGGCCUUGCAGUGCCACAUAAACAGGCUGCAUUGAUUGAUGUGCAUGUAUUGGCUGUUACAAGAAAGGGAAUUGUCAUUUAAUUGUCAGGAGUGACUGAAAUAUGAAUGGCAAUUACGUAGUUUGCACAGUGGAUAUAACUGCUCUGUAAUGGUGUGACAGCAGGGCUCUAAUUGUUUAUUUCUUCUGUUGGGUCACUUGAAAAUUAGUAAGCAUCUCUGACAAAGGCAUUUUUAUGUUUCAUUAGUUUUGAGGAGGUUCCUUUUAUACUAAGUACGGACAUUAUAAUAACUUGGCAAGACAACUGCUACAGUGAUGUGGAAAGCUACAUCAGCUCUGGGUGUUGAUUUGGUAUCUGAUAUUGGUGCUGCCCUUCUCAGGAUUGUUAAAGCACUGCAUGGGAAGAGCAGGGACGUGGGGUGUUCAGGGAGGUUGCUGUGUGUGUGAAUGCACAGUUGUGCAAGGGCAGAUGCCAACCCUGCCAAAACACACAAGGACUUUGUCACCUUCUGUGGGUCCCAGCAUUCCAGCUGUGGGGGGAGAAGAGGGAAAUGCUGCCUUGCUGCUGCCUCCUUUCCAGCAGAGAGGCAGCCAGGCAGGCUGCAGGCUUGCUGCUCCACGUGAGGGGAUCAGAACGUUCAAGGCAGGCUCCAUUCCCUUCCCUGCAGCCGUGACUCGAGGAGGGCUGAGGGUGGCACAGGAAUAUCUGCCUUGCUUCCUCCAGGAGUGUCCCUUCAGCUGGCAGAGCAUUGCCCCAGAGCAGGCACAGCCCCAGUGAAGUCAGAAGAGGAUGUCAAUCUGAUUACAAUGUUUGCAGUUUGUGUUUCAAGACAGAUGAAACUAAUAAAUAAAGGAAGAAAUGCAACUCUGUCCAAAGUUUUGACAAGCAAAAGUAAAUAUUUGCACAGAUGUGCUGGCUCCUGCCAAUUACUUGGGAUUGCAAUGAUUUUGGAUCAAUUCAUGCCCCUCACAGCCCCAGCACUGUUUCUUCACUGCUCAGCCCCAGCAGCACCGUGGGAAGCUUCAAGCCCUGGUGGAGGGCAGGGAGUGCAGCACAGAGGGAGGGGGGAAGCGCUGAGCCGGGAUGCCCAGGACGGGGAAUGCUGGGCACCUGGGUUAUUUGCACAGGAGGGGUGUCCAAAGCCCAGUUGUUUCACAGCCUCACUUUUUCCUCCCUCAAGGAGGAGUUUUUGACCUUAAUUUUCUGUUUGUGACGAGGUUUGUGCCACAGGGACAGGGACAGCUGCCGUGGUGGCACACGAUGCAGAGGCGCUGGUUUUUCAGGGUGGGACUUGCUCUCUGCAAUAACAGAGUCUCUCUCCCCAGUGCUCUCUCCCCAGUGGCUUCCUCCAUGUGAUUUAUCCUCUUGUUGCAUCUGGACAGACUCAUUGCACUCACUUUGUAUUCCUGUAUGAAGACAAUACCAGCAGCAAACCCUUUUUUCUUUAUGGGAAGGUUUUCCGUUCAGGCCGAGGCCACUUCUCCAACUUUAGUCCGUGUGUUUGUCAAAGCCACAACAACCCCAAGCCCACGUUUUCCUUCCCAGAGGGGAUGUGCAGGUUUGUGUGGGACAAGUCAGGGGGCUUGGGGAAGGGCUGCUUGGGUCUUGGGGUGCCCACCCAUGCCAGUGGAGGGGGAUGCUCCAUGUCCCUCCCCAGCAGGGACACCCUGAACGUGCACUAUGAACUGGAGUUGUGUUCCCUGCCCCCUCCCUGCCCACAGCUCUCCUGUGUGCUCUGACCUUUCUGCUGUCACUGGGCUGAGCCAGCCCAGCAGAGCUGCAGGCUGUCCCCACGGGACAAUGGUGCAUCUUCCAGACAUACUCUUCUCUGCCUAGGAUAUUUGCUAGAUUAAAAUCUCUUCUGCCCCUACCAUGUUUAAUGUCUUCCGCUGUGCAUUUUAGAAAGAAGUACUUGAUAAGGUCAUAAAAACAGCUUUUAAUUAUGGGACACACCUAACAGUUGGGGUUUUUUGAACUGCAUGAACAUAUGGAGAAGGACAAGGGUUUUACAUGUGGGAGAGCAUCUUUGUAAACUAUCCUCGACUUGUAAGACUGUUCAGUUUUACUGGAGUUUGUAUGCGUUUUACUUUUGUAAAUUUUUAAGUGAUUUGAUAGAAUUUUAUUUUAGGGCAAAGUCUACUUUUUGUAUGCGAUAUUCCGAUGUGGUGUAUUUUUAUUUUUGAGAAAAUAAUGUUGAAACCACUAUAUAAUUGUCAAUGUAACAUAUCCACUGUGUAAUUUCUAUUUAAAACUGGACUCUGACCAUGAAGUGCGUGUUCCUUUACGUACUGGUUGUUGCACAUUAAAGAGGUUACUCAGUUUGCUGCCA